AAAUAUUAAAAUCUGUGGAGAAUUCUAAUUAAAAAAUAAAGCAAUCUCAUUUGUGUUGUAAUUGAUUAUUGAUUUUUUUUUCUUCAUAUAAAUAGUUCCAACAAUAAUUUAAAAAUAUUUUUCCAUUGGAAUUCAUUCCAUCUGCGGUUGUCCUUGAACUGUUUGAUCAAUAUUCAAUUAUAUUUCAUCUGGUAUUAUCCUGGUAUUUAAAUCGUGAGGUUAUUUAAAUAAAAAUAAUAAAAAUAUGUAUCUGUGUAAUUUAACGCGUAAAAAUGCGGACGAUUUAGUAAUGCCGAAUGUGCGAGUAUUUGAUUAUGAUUCUCGGGUCAUGACUGCAAGAAAUUUAUUGUCCAAAGGAACUCAAACCGAUUAUAGAGAUAGCGAAACUCAAACGAUACCAUGGGAGCCACCUUAUAAACUUGCUUUAGGUAGUAAAGAACCUGAAGUUCUUGGUCUUGAAAAUUUAUCAUGGGGUAGUGGAUUACCAGUAGGUACAGAUGAGUUAAAAAUAAUAAAGAGGAUGAGAGUAAAAAAAUCAUGGGAGUCUUUAUUACCUCCUCUUGAUUGUAAGGUCAAUGUACAAACACACAAAGCUAUAAUUACUAUGAUUGAUAGAGACGAAUGGUCGUUCCGUGACAAAGAGCUGGAAAUGAUGAUGGAUGAACGUCUGGAGUGGAUUAACAAAGUGAUAAAGACUAAUAAUUACCAGCGAAAAAAAAAAAUAAUACAACGGUUUGAAAAACUCGGUAAAUAUUUAAAUCAAUUACGAAAUAAACGGAUUAAUGAAAUAAAACGUGAAUUAAAUAGAGAAAUUCGUAAAAUAAGCGCCAAGCAUCGUAAUAAAAAUUCGAAAUUUAUUAAAAAUCCUGGGGCAAAAACUACAGAUCUUAAAGACGAAUGUCUAUUUAGGUUUAAGCUCGACGAUGAAUCUUUUUAUGAUUCAUUGUUGAACAGAAAAACGCUGCAGGGUGAGUUAUAUAUGUUUAUAUAUUAAGUGUAAGCUAGUCUAAGAAAUAAAUCAUGUUUAUGAUCAA